GUGCAUCUCCAGUGGAGCAGCUGUGUGUGGCAGGAAACCUAAAAAGCAGCUGAUGGGGAUUGUCCUGGGCUCCCUGCAGUGACCUUUUGUGAUAAGGUUGUGAGAAGGUGGACAGCUGCUCUUGGAGCUAAAAUAACGGUCAUUGAGCUGAGCGGUGGCAAAACUGGGCUUUGUGAGUGAAUGGUCUGUUCAGGAGGUCCUGUGAGCUGAAAUAAGGAUGGAUGCGGGACUGUGAGCCCAGAGGCUGCCAGGGAGGAAAAGUACGGGUGUGCGGCACCAGGGAGCAGAGCAGGAUCCAGCCCUGGUUGUCUGGAUGUUGUCUGCAGCCAUCGAGCAGCCAUGGAGGAGGUUGAUGGUGGAGGCCAAGGCUGCUCCUCACUAUCCUGUGGGACACUGCCCUCACCCCAAGGGGAAAUGGGCUUGACUUGACUGGAGAGACACAACACUGAAUGCAUCAGCGCUGUGCACCGGGACCGUGGGCUCUCAGAGCGGGUCCCAGGCUGCCGUGCCGGGGCUCGGCCGUGUGCAGGGCUCCCCAGUGUGGCUACAGCGCUGUCGCCAAGAGGAAUGCCGAAACGAAGGGGCUAAUGAGCACCAGAGAGGGAGGAUCUAUAACUUCCAGAUGGUGAAGAGCCCGUAAUCCCUUUGGGAAGAAUUAGGGACUCAUCGGCGCAGCAGAGCCUGGCAAGGGGAGCAAAGCACGACACCUCCGGCUCUGGGAGUGCUGCGAGAGGCCGAGGGCAUCCCGAUGCCGACUGUGCCGGCUGCCCUGCCCCGAGCUGCCUGGCUUUGUCUUGCAGAGCCCUGGUGCUGCCGGGAGCCCGUCCCUGAGUGCUGAACUAUUUCUCAUUUUAAUUGAUCGCAUGUUCUCCAACCAAACCCCAUCUGGGUCCUGCUCCUCCCGACACAGAAAGAGACUUCUGCCCUCAACAGAAAGACUUCUUGCUUCUGGUUUUUAUGUCCCGUGGGAUUGUAAAGCAUCUUUCUUGGUGGAUUUCAUCUCCCAUCAAAGCGUGUUUUGAGGAAUUAGGGGCUUAUUCCCAUGGCUUUGUAAACCGCUGGGAUCUAAGAGUCUCUGCCUUCCACGCCGCUGCCGCUCCCACCUGUCUGCAAUGGGGCGAGAGCAGGAGCUGAUCCAGGCCGUGAAGAACGGGGACGUACCCGGCGUGCAGAAACUGGUGGCCAAGAUCAAGGCGUCCAAGAGCAAGCUCCUGGGAUCUGCCAAGCGCCUGAACGUGAACUACCAGGAUGCAGACGGGUUCUCGGCGCUGCACCACGCAGCCCUGGGCGGCAGCCUGGACCUCAUCUCGCUGCUGCUGGAGGCACAGGCCACCGUCGACAUCAAGGACAGCAACGGGAUGCGCCCCCUGCACUAUGCGGCCUGGCAGGGGCGCGUGGAGCCGGUGCGGGUGCUGCUGCGUGCCGCCGCCUCUGUCAACAUGGCCUCGCUGGAUGGGCAGAUCCCGCUGCACCUCUCGGCGCAGUACGGCCACUACGAGGUGUCAGAGAUGCUGCUCCAGCACCAGUCCAACCCCUGCCUCAUCAACAAGGCAAAGAAAACCCCCCUGGACCUGGCCUGCGAGUUCGGGCGGCUGAAGGUGGCCCAGCUGCUGCUGAACAGCCAUCUGUGCGUCGCCCUCCUGGAGGGUCAGUCCAAGGAUGCCACCGACCCCAACUACACCACCCCGCUGCACCUGGCAGCCAAGAACGGGCACAAGGAGAUCAUCAGGCAGCUGCUGAAGGCCGGGAUCGAGAUCAACAAGCAGACGAAGACGGGCACAGCCCUGCACGAGGCCGCGCUCUAUGGCAAAACGGAGGUGGUGCGGUUGCUGCUGGAGGGCGGCGUUGACGUGAACAUCAGGAACACCUACAACCAGACGGCGCUGGAUAUCGUGAACCAGUUCACCACCUCACAUGCCAGUAAGGACAUCAAGCAGCUGCUGAGAGAGGCAUCAGGAAUCCUGAAGGUGCGAGCUUUAAAGGAUUUUUGGAACCUCCACGACCCAACUGCUCUCAACGUCCGGGCAGGAGACGUCAUCACGGUCCUGGAGCAGCAUCCGGACGGGCGAUGGAAGGGGCACAUCCACGAUGCUCAGAAAGGCACCGAUCGGGUCGGGUACUUCCCCCCCUCCAUCGCUGAAGUCAUCAGCAAGCGAACAGCAGGAGACAGGAACAGUGUGGGCAGCGAGGGCAGCAUCGGCAGCAUCCGCAGUGCUGGCAGCGGCCAGAGCACCGAGGGCACCAACGGGCAGAGCACCAGCAUCCUCAUCGAGAACGCCAGGCCACUGCCCUCCGCCAGCGACGACCUCCAGCAACACCUUUUGGGAUCAGAGCCACGCAAUGGGCAGUUGACCUCUACGGCAGGGCCACAGAGCCACCAGACCCCAGGCAGUUGCCCCCCUGGAGACAGGGUCUUCUCCCACCAGUUCUUGCGGCCUGAGCAGCUCCUCGAGGGGAAGGACGCAGAAGCCAUUUACAACUGGCUGAGUGAGUUCCAGCUGGAGUCGUACACCGCCAACUUCCUCAACGCCGGCUACGACGUCCCCACCAUCAGCCGCAUGACCCCAGAGGAUCUGACAGCCAUUGGCGUGACCAAGCCGGGCCACAGGAAAAAGAUCUCCACCGAGAUUGGGCAGCUCAGCAUCACCGAGUGGCUGCCCAACUACAUCCCGGCUGACCUGAUGGACUGGCUCAGUGCCAUCGGGUUGCCCCAGUACCACAAAAAGCUGGUGAACAAUGGCUACGACUCCAUCACCAUCGUGACAGACCUGACGUGGGAGGAUCUGCAAGAGAUAGGCAUCAACAAGCUGGGCCACCAGAAGAAGAUCAUGUUAGCCGUCAAGAAGCUCAGAGACCUCCGCAAAAGCCUCAACCAAGCAGAAGCAACUCUGGCAAGACGCAAAGUCCCCGGUGCCCUGGACAUUGUCACCAUUGAGUCACUGGAGAACGGGGAGUGCCAGUCCCCACACACCCCCAAAAUGACAACCUUCCAGGACAGUGAGCUCAGCUACGAGCUCCAGACGGCCAUGUCCAACAGCUGCCACGAGACGCUCGGCAUCAAGAGCAGCCAGGGGAUGUCACGGAGCCAGGAGAGCAUUGGGGUGCGGUCCCGGGGCUCGGGGCACUCACAGGACAACGUGCUGUCCCAGCACCUCUCCAGUCCCUCGCAGGAGAGCCUGGGCAGCGGGGAGAGCAGCAGCAGCAGCGGGCAGUCCUGCGCGCCGCCCCGCAGCAAGGAGAGCCCGGCCAGCCUGCCAGGACGGCCCAGUCCCGAGCCCUGCGGGAAGCUCGUCUCCCCCGAGGGGUUGAACGGCUAUGCCAACGGCAGCGGGGGCAGCCCUCUCAAGGAGAGGAACCUGCCUGAAGGCACGGAUCAGUACGCCCGGCCUGUGGCUCAGAAAGGUGCCGGGACACCGGCGGUCACCCCCUGUACUCCUCCCCAGACGCCCAGCAAGGCAACGGCCCCAUACGUCUUCAUGUACCCGCAUGUCUCCUUGAAAUCCCCGACGGUCCCCUCCCUCCUGGGAGCGGAGCAGCCCAAGACCCUGGCGCACCCUUACCCCUCCAUCUCCUCCGGACAGAAGAGCAGCCUGCAGACGUCGGCCCAAAAAGCCUUCUCCUACCUGCACAGCCAGUGCGGCCCUGCGGAGCCGCCCGCCGUGCCGCCGACGGCUGGGGCAGCCCUGGGCACCUGGCAGGCCGGGGAGCAGCACAAUGCGGGCGAAGGCUUCAAGUACAAGAAGCGGUCGCACAGCCUGAACCGCUACGCGCUGUCAGAUGGGGAGCAUGAGGAAGAGGAGGGGGCGCCCACCAGCACCCUGGGCUCCUACGCCACCCUGACGCGGCGGCCGGGCCGCAGCCAGAUGCCGCGGGCCUGUCUGCAGACGGAUGCCAAGGUGACCCGCAGCCAGUCCUUCGCCAUCCGGGCCAAGCGCAAGGGCCCUCCGCCGCCACCUCCCAAGCGCCUCAGCUCCGUCUCCAGUGCCCUCGCUGCCGAGGCAGAUGGUGAGCAGCCCCCUGACCCCGAGCGGCAGCCUGCAGCCCUCCAGGACGUGACCAACGCGGGUGCCAGCCCGGGUGAUGCCGGCCGCGGCAGGACAGUGAAGAGCCUGGCAGCUGCACUGGAGGGGACACCGGGGGCAAGUCCGCCCAAGCCCCUUCUGGCUCCGAAACCGCUGGCUCAGGACUGUCUCCCCAGGGCAAAUGUGGAUGAUGAGUCCUACAAUGGUGGUGACACCAGCAGUGCCACGCUUUCUGACGCCGGCAGGGACCCCUUUGAGAGCAGCAAGCCACGGAGACGGACAUUCAGCGAGCCCAGUGCUCCCAUGACGGAGGUGGCUGCGCAGGACCAGCGGGAGGACGCCUGCUCGGACACGGAGGAGGAGGCCAAGCCAGGGGUCUCCUCCUCAUCCUCCCAGAACAGCUCCAGCGAGUGCAUCCCCUUUGCAGAAGAAGGCAACUUAACCAUCAAACAGCGGCCAAAGCCCACCGGGCACCCCAAGGCCGACACAGCCGUGCCGGACACAGAGCCCGGUUCCCAGCCGGCAGAGCCCCCCUGCUCCGCCGGGAAGGAGCUGGCGGUGCCCGCUGCUGCCAAGGAGCCGCCCGUGCUGGAGUUCAACCUCACCGAGUCGGACACGGUGAAGCGCCGGCCCCGCUUCAGGGAGCGGGAGCCGCUGCAGGCAGUGCUGAAGGCGUUCAGCGUGGCGGGGCAGGCUGAGGCGGGGGCCAGCCCUGCGCCUCAGUAUGCCCAGGCCCAAGCAGUGAGCAUCGCGGGCCCCGCCGUGCCGGCACCAGCGCCACAGGCCGGGCUGGUUGGGGAUGCCUUUGACGACGACAGCGUGGAGUUCAGGAUUGCUGAGAUAGAGAAAAGCAUCUUGUCGCUGGAGAAGGGGAUCAAGAAGGCACCGAGCCCCACCAAAACCCCCAGCCCCGCGGAGCUGCUCGGCACCGCCGUGGUGAGGACGCCCACUCCAGAUGUCCCCGCCAAGCACACCUCUGUGGCGUCCACCAAGCUAGUCUUCUCCGGGCCCAAGACCAUCUACCAGCAGGUCCUGCAGCCCUCCCGCCACACUGUUGCUUCCUGGGCGGCCGCCGAAGCGGUGCCAGAUGUGAUCGGGUCCCUGGCCGGUCCCGGCUCGUUGACGCUGGAGGCAGGCAGCAAGGUGUCGGCGAAGCCUUUGGCAGCUGCCCCGGGGGCCGCCCUGGCCCAGCAGCGGCUGGAGCAGACCAACUCCACCCUGGCCGCCGCGUUGCAGGCGGCCGAGAAGAAGAUCACGGUGGAGGAGGCAGAGAGCCACCCCGGGGCCGUGCACUCCACCAAGAACAUCCUGGAAGACAUCAGCAACAUGUUCGACGACCUGGCCGACCAGCUAGACGCGAUGCUGGACUGAGGCUUGCUCCCUCCUUUCCCUCCCUGCCUCCGGCUUCUCCGCCAGUGCCCCUCGUGACAGGGGGAGAGCGGAUCUGGCACCAAGCGGUGCCUCCAGGUCUCUCCAGCCGCCUCCCUCCCCACACUUUGCACUGCGGCUAGGAAUGCAGCUGCCCCUCCUUGCUCGCCCCUGGCUCCGUAUCACACGUGCCAGCGCGGCUGCGGGCUGGUUUCCGAGGGGGUCAGGCAUUUCCCACCAGACUGGCAGGAGGAGGAGAGCCCAGAGGGGCUGCACAUGCUGUCCUGGAGGCCACGGAGAAGCCCUCGCUCCCUUGCACAGAGCCGAGGAGCCUCCACAAGGGACCUUUCUCUUUCCCCGCUGCAUUGCUGAGUCCUGCCUCUUAUUAUUUAUCCCCCGCCAACAAUGUGUCAAAGGAGAGACCUCCCCAGGCAGCCGCCACCGAGCUGGCUAUUUACUGAGCAGAUCCCAGACCCAGCAAGGCCUGACAGCAGCUAAGAGAAGACAGGGCUUGUCGCAAUUUGGCAGCUCGUGGAGCGAGAAGGAACCUUUCUGCUUUAUUUGUUGCUUUUCCAAACGCGUCAGCGUCAGGCAGCGUGUAAUCCAAGUGGAUCAAAAUCCCUCCGGUGGGACCCCCAAACCCCUCGAGACAGGGCUGGCACGGCCUGCAAAGCAGCGGAUGCUCCACCACGGCCCUGCCGGACGUGGAGGUCUCCCUGCCCCUUCCCCAGAGUGACGAGGAUGGUGAUGGCAGCGCCGAAGGGCUGUGCAUUUGUGCCAGUCCAGCUGGAUCGUGCUGCUAAAUGGAGGCUGCCCUCUGCCGACACUGUGCCUACGCAAACCGCCACCCCGGUGCUUCCAGGGUGAAGUAGCAGCGUGGUCAGUGCUUUUUUUUCUGUUUUUUUUCCUCCCCUAUCCCUUUUUGGGGGAGAAAAUGGUCCCUUUUCCCACUCCCCCUCCCUGCGGGGAGCUGCUGGCACAAACUCCGCUGUGAGCGUUGUUAAACAGUAGCAGCUUUUGGGACUCCGGGAGAUGCUUCCUUGCAGCACUAAAACCCAGCGGGAGAGGUGACCCCGCGUGCACUGGGUGAAUUCAGCUCGGCAACAGCUACUGUGCGUACAGGCUGGAUGUGGUCACAGCCCCGUGGCUGCAGCAGGGGAACAGCAGCGAUAGCUCAUUGCAUCCAAGCGGUAGGAACGGCUGCAUAGCUUGAAGACAGAUUUCUCUAGCAGGAUCUGUUUAGUAGUGCAUGUCUAAAUAUGUCCAAGAGCCCCGAACUUGGCUUGCGCUCGGCAUGCCAAGGAAAUGAAAGCAUCAGAGCACCAGAAGGGAUCCUAAGAUUGUACUAAAGUGCCAUUUGCUACAGAAAUUCCAAACAAAGGGGGAAAAAAAAAUCCACAUAUCCCCCUUUUUUAAAAAAUCACCAACGCAAAACCACACUGGAAAGGGAGAAGGUGGCUGCAGGGGCAGUUGCUUCCCAGUCCUUUUGGGAGUUUGUGACUGAAUUGAACUGUUUGCAGCCCCUCGUCCCCUUGCACGGAAAGGGGAGCAGCCGCUGCGAGCAGAGCCCGCCUGGACGUUCCCGAGGGUCCUCUGCUCAUGAGUGGCAGUUCUG